AUGUUAGGAAUUACCCAAAUCAGUAAAGAAGUAAAUAAAAAAAGUAAAAUUGACAGUGAAGACGCCACUAAAAAAGUAUUAAAUGCUUUCUUGGAAGUCGCCAAGCAAAAACUAAACCAAGGUGAAAGCAUUAGUUUUAAAGGUUAUUUUACCGUUAAAAGAAGUGCCGCCCAGCCCAAAGGCAGUAAACACUGUAAUAAGCACGAAAAAUCUUUAACUGAUUUUAAGCAAGCCAAUAAGGGCAAAGGAGUUUUAUUUUACGCUAAAUCAGAUAAGUUUAAGAGUCUAGUGCUAGACACGAGAAAAUGUAAAGAUUGUCAAAAGAAAAAACAAGAUUUAUUAAAAUCAGCCAAGCCCACUAAUCGCAUUAGUUUUAAGCCUAGCUAUUUCAUUAAAAUUAACAAUAUUACCAUGAAAAAAGAACUAAAUCAAAAACAAUACGGCUUUCCCGAUGAAGCAGAAAUCGAAAAAGUUACUAAAAGAUUUGCUGAUCCGAAUUAUCGACGCGUAAAUCAAGAAAACAAUCUCUCCGAACCAGAAUUAGCCAAAAAAUUAGGCAUUGACCAAGCCAAACCAAAUUUAACCAUGACCACCAAAAAGCCACCCCAAGAACCCAUUAAUACUACUAUUUAUAAAUGUAAUAUAAUAAUCUUUGGUAUUAAAAAAACUGUCUUAAAAAUUAGCCCUCACUAUCAAAAGCGUAAUGAAGAAUUUUAUCAAAGUAAGAAAAAAAGAAUAAAGGAAAAUUUAAACCAAUAUCUAUUAGACGACAACAUAAUCAAGGAUUUUGUUCAACAAUUAAACAACGAAAAACCGGAAGCAGAAGAUGGGGACAAAAUAAAGAAAAACCUAGAUAAAAAGUUAGUCGCUGAUAAAAAUAUCAAGCAAACAAAAAAUCAACAAAAAAACACCCUAAAAGUUAAAGCAAAUAAUUCAAAUGCCAAGGUAUUAAGUGUUGAAGCUACUAUUACCAAAAAAAAGUUUAUUGGACAAGUAAAUUAUUUACCACAAAUGAGACAGGCGGUUAAGGUUUUUUAUCGAGCAAUUAAUCAAGUUAAGUCUUAUUUUUUGGCGGAUGCUUAUUAUAAAAACCAAGAGCAGGCAAUAAAUUCUUUGGACGAGGGAAAUAUAGUGAAUAUUAGGUUGAAAAAUGGAGGAGUAGGAAAAAGCACCCUCGCCCGAGCCGUAGCCACCGAAACUACUAAGCAAAAAGUAAAAACUUUACUAGCCGAUUGCGACCCCCAACAAGCCACUAGUUAUGAUGAAUAUGAUUUAAUAAUAAUUGAUGCUCCGGCGAGAACUAGCCAAGGAACAUUAGAAAUAGCCAAAAGGGCUGAUUUACUAAUUCAACCAGUCGGGGCCAGUAAUGACGACCUAAUGCCCGCUGUAAAAGAAUUCAAUGCUUUAAAAGAGGCAGGAAUUAACAAAAAAAAACUUCUUUUUGCUCUUAUUCGUUUAUCUACUCCCAAAGAAGCCGAAGCAAUUAAAGAAUAUUUAAAAGAUACCGAUUAUUCUUUUACUACUAACUAUUUAUCCGAAAAAACUUCUUAUAAACAAAUUCAAAAUGAGGGCAAAAGUAUCGGAGAAGUAAAUUAUAAAAGUUUACAAAAACAAGUAAAGCAAUUAGUAAAUGAAAUAUUGAACUUCUUAAAAGGAUUAGGUAAAGCCCCGCAAGAAGCUAGUGUUAAUUUACAAGCCCCCGAAUUGGCUCCUAAUGAUAAAAGAAUUAGCGGACGCACUAAACAAUUAGGAUUAAGUGUGAAACCGGAAUUUGUCAAGCGGUUAAAAAUUUUGGCGGCGGAAGAAGAUUGUUUUAUUGUAGAAGUUUUGGAAAAAGCUUUGGAGUUAAGAAUUCAACAAAAAAUAAAAACUAUUCCCAAUAAGCAAGGAGAAUAUAAAAGAAAAGGACACUACGGAUUAUUUUUACUUGGCUACCAAGCCGGUUUAAGAGUGAGUGAAGCCGUAAACUUUGAUUUAAAUGCUAAAACCCAGCAAGGUUUAUAUAGAAUAGACAAGCCCAAGGGUAAAAAAGAGCGUUAUGUUUAUGUUCCCCCGGAAAAAGUCAAGGGAGAGUUAAAUUUGCCGCCAAAUGUAGAGUUAACUCCCCAUACUCUCCGACGAGCCUUUGCCACCUAUCAUGCGGAAAGAGAAGCAAAAAACUUGGUUAAGGUAGAUUUGGAAGAAUUGCCGGAACUACUAGCGGACAAUUUGCCGCCAUUUAGCCCACCUAAUUAUUUAGGCAAAAUUCAUCAACUAGAAAGCCAAUUAACCCAAAUUAGUAACGAAAAUAACAGUUUAAAAUCAGAACUAGCUCGCGAAAAAGAGCAAAACAACGAUUUACAACAUGAUUUAAACUAUUUAAAUAAGCAAAAUGCUAAUUUAUGCCAAGCAAAAGAACAAAUUAAGCAAGAAUUAUCCGCAGCCAAAGAAACUAUUAGCCAACUAACCCAAGAUUUAGCCCAAGAAAGAGAAAAACGAACCAUUGCGGAAAAUAGCUUACUCAUUGAACGAGAAACUAAUGCUAAUUUAAGCCAAAAAAUCCAGGCUUACGAACAAAACUAUUUUCACCUCCAAAAUGCUUAUCAAAUCGCCCUUAAAGAUAAACAAACAGCCGAAUUGUUGGCGGAGAAAGAAAAGCAAAGAGCCGAUAAUUACGAAACCCAAUUAAAAGCUAUUGCCAAAAGUCUUUAUCAGUUAAGCAAAGUUAAUUAUUACCAACAAUUAGAAAAAGAACGAAGCGAACAACAAGCUCAAAUUAUUCAACCAACUUUUAAACCUCCGCCAUGA